AUGGCUUACUCUCCGGCACCGGUAUCGCCAGCUACCGGCGCAGCUGGACAAACACUGAGCAGCAGUCUUCAUCCCAGGGGCCGAUCCCCAAGCCCCGCGACGAACGCCCCCCUCUCGAAACGGGACAAGCGCCGCGGAGCGCUACAAGAGCGGCUGCAUGAUCUCACGGCGACCUUCAGCCAGAAUCGAGACGCGCAAUUCCGCCAGCAGCUGCAUACAUUGCAGUGCGAUAUGACAUUGAUCAACAAUGCGGAUCCGUACUCGCCGGGUCCGCUGCCCGACUCGGCGGAGGAAAUCGCUGCUUUGGUAGAGAAGACGAUCGGUGGGGGAGCUUUUGCGAAGGAGAUGGCUAGUUUGUCUGGCAUGUGGUAUUCGAGGUUUGUGCAGGAGGUGAAUCAGGCUAAGGAGGAGAGGGAUGCGGAGUUGGCGGCGCUUGUGCACCGUCAUAAUAACAAUCUAGAAAGGUUUCAGCGGGAAUACGCCUUCCGGGUGCACUUCGCCGGUGAAGAAUACAACAAUCUCUCCUCGACCCUGCGAGAACGGCUGGUACAGACAAUUUCAGGCAAGAAGGCCCGGUUGAUGCGGGAAAAGGAGCAGCUCGAUAUCGCUGAUACCAAUGCUCUCCUCCUUCAUCCCAAUCAAUUCAGCAUUACCAAUCCUGCCAGUCCUGGUGGUGUUCACGGCAAUCGCAAAACCCGGCAUACCCGCCACCGGGUCGACCUUGACGAACUGGGCAAUGGAAUCGUGUCAGAGUUCAAUAAAAGGAAGAGGAAAGCGCCUGAGGAGGAUACUGGCUCGCCAGUGCGCGAUCCGAACCCGGCCGAGCGGGCCAAGUCCCAGGUAGCUGAGAAGCAGCACGCGCCGACAUAUUCUAUCCAUACUCUGUUCACGGAAAAGGAACUCAGUGCACAUGCCAAUCAAGCUCACGUCGCCACGGUGCACUUCUUCUCGACCUCCAAACGGGCUGAUCAGCCUUCGGGCACUACGACGAACGGUAAUAACACUGAUGUCGAAGAGUCAGGCACGGGUGACGGUACCGGGCAGGAAGAUAAUGGCACACCGGCCGCCGACAUGAUGCGCACCGCCAGCCAGAAUUACCAUGCGACACGCUCCACGCGGACGCACGGCAACCAUGCGCUCAACGCGCUAGCCGAGCUGUCAGACAAGCCCGCAGUCCGCCCUAACCUGCCAUAUAAUGUUCUCGCCAAUUACCACGCUAGACCAAACAGUAAUGCUCCACCGCUGCCGUCUCUGAUGAACGAAGAGGUGGAAGACGAUUGUGCUCGAUUAGACCGCUUGCACAACAGGCCCACCGGUUGGGUUGACCGUAACCUGAUCGAACUGCUUGUGGAGCGGGUUCCGGCCGAGGUGGAUGGGGUACCUCAGAAUCCGCACCGGUUUAGUCUGUUGCACCCCGACUUUCCCACCGAUAUGGGGGUGCAUCUCUACCCGCUGAAGACUAAUGGCAGAGAUGUGGAGCUCCAGAGCUACGAGCGCACCAAGAAGGCCAGAGCGAGCUAG